GUGUUUUUCGCGUACGAGCCUCAAAACUCGACAGACUUGUAAACGCUCCAGGUGCGAGAAAGCGCCUAACCUAUCGCAAACAUCUAUUUCAUUUUACCGCGACCUACAGAAGAACUAUCGCGUACCAACGCUCGUAUUCACUGGCGACUGAACGCGCUUUCUCGAAUCAAAAAUGCUGCGGAACAUGUGCAAGACAGUGGACGGCUUCCUUAUCAACGAGUUCCUUCACGACGACAACGUGCGGUCGGCUCUUACCUACAGUGCAAGACCAGACGAUAUCUUCGUGGCCAGCUACCCUAAGUGCGGGACAACUUGGACGCAGUACAUCGCCUUCUGCGUGCUCAACAAGGGCCAGCCACCCGAUGACUACACAGAUUUCAUGCUGCGCUCGCCAUUCCUCGAACUCCUGGGUGCUGAGGCGGCACAUCGUAUGCGACGGCCAGGCGCUAUCAAGACGCACUUCCCGUUCGACAGGCAACCGUAUCACCCACAGAGCAAGUAUAUAUACGUCACUCGGAACCCCUACGACUGCUGUGUUUCGUACUUCCACCAUGUCCGCGACUCGCCUGUCUACAACUAUACAGGGGCAACGUUUGACGAGUUUCUCGACGUCUUCGUCGAAGGAAAGGUUAGCUGCGGUGACUACUUUGACCACCUCAUAUCGUGGUACGAGCACAGGAAUGACGACAACGUACUGCUCAUCACCUACGAAAGGCUCAAAGAAGACACUGCCGGGUCAGUGUUGGAAAUCGCUGACUUCCUGGGAAACCAGUACGGGGAAGAGCUGCGCCGCGACGCAGCACUUUUCGCUAAAAUCACCGAUAUGGUGAGCGCUACUAGCAUGCGCCAAGCCUUCAGCUCCGGCAUCAAGUCCAUCAUUCCAAACCUGCUUCAACUGCCAGCCGACAGAGCUCUCAAGUCCGUUGAAGUAUACAGGGACGUACUGAGCAAGAAGGGCAUGUCAUCCGCCAAGAGUGAGUUCAUCCGAAGAGGCGUUGUCGGUGACUGGAGAAACUAUUUCAAGGAGAAUCACAUCGAAAAGAUGAGAAAUUGGAUUGCAUCUAAAACGCACAACACUGACGUAAUGAAGCUGUGGGAAAAAGCCGGGCUACCGUGACUGCCUUGUUGUGACAAGAACAAGUUGUACUUUAUGUGGAAACUGUAAUUGAAAUAUGUUGCUGUAGCUUGACACCCAAUAUAUUGCGCAUAUAAUAAAUGACCAAAUUCGCUAUAGACUUCUACUAUUCCGCCUCUCCCUUAGUGCUGUUACAAUAUUACUGUCAGCGUUACGGUUGUAUUUUUUUUUAUUUUUGGCUACACAAGUACGAAGUGGCAACUCAACUUAGUUUUUUUACGAUAAAAGUUCCCGAAUAGGAUGUUAU